UGCAUGUAGGUUACACGGUGACGGUCGUGUGUUAGAUGUGACACGCUGUUCAGAAAGCACACAUUACUGCUCCGCGAGGGUUUUUGAGAAGACGCAAGUGGGCGCUUGGAAAUUUGUGACAGUCUGUGGGGAUGUGGAAACAGAAACGCUCGGCUUUGUGGGAGAGUUAAGUAAAGCCCCAGAGAGCGGUAAAGAGAGAAAUAAAGAGAGAUAGUGAAGGAAAUGUAGUAAGGGAGAGGGGGAGUGUCUGUUCAGAGUUUCCUGUGAAGAGCUGCCGACAUACAGAACUGACAUCAGAGAGGGAAGAAAGGAGGAAAGAAAGCUGGCGACAUCACAAGGUCCAACAGGUGAAACUGAAGCGCAUCAUUUACAUCAAGUUGAAACUACACCAUCAGCAUGGGAAAGCAGAACAGCAAGCUCCGUCCCGAGGUGAUACAGGACCUGGUGGAAAACACAGACUUCACCGAGCAUGAGAUCCAGGAGUGGUACAAGGGCUUCCUGCGGGACUGCCCCAGCGGCGCGCUCAGCAUGGAAGAAUUCAAGAAGAUCUACGGCAACUUCUUCCCCUACGGAGACGCGUCGAAGUUCGCGGAGCACGUCUUCCGAACCUUCGACGCCAACGGAGACGGAACAAUAGAUUUCAGAGAGUUCAUCAUCGCCCUGAGCGUCACGUCACGCGGACGCUUGGAUCAGAAGCUGAAGUGGGCCUUCAGCAUGUACGAUCUGGACGGCAACGGAUACAUAAGCAAGGCGGAAAUGCUGGAGAUUGUACAGGCCAUCUAUAAGAUGGUUUCCUCAGUGAUGAAGAUGCCAGAGGACGAGUCAACACCUGAGAAACGCACAGAGAAGAUCUUCCGCCAGAUGGACACAAAUCGCGAUGGUAAGCUGUCACUGGAGGAGUUUGUAGAGGGCGCAAAGAGCGACCCAUCCAUCGUGCGACUGUUGCAGUGCGACCCCAGUAGUGCGGGACAGUGAAUCAGCAGCGUCAUAACCUCUCUUACACAAGUCUUUCUGUUCGCUCUCCUUCGAAUAUCAGCAGAGCAUGGACUUCAAAAACACACCCCUGUCUCAGUGUCUGUGGGUUUCCCACUGAACACCACGCAUUGAAACAUGCGACCAUUUAUUUCCCACAGACCGGACAUACAGAGAUCAUACACACUAAGAAGCUUGUGUUCAUGCUUCUCUCUGUAUUUUCAAUUCCUCAUAUAAGGCUCUUUAUGAUCGAACACAACAGGCAGUGAUGCAAGUGACAUCACAUCCUGUUGUAAACUUUUGGAACUGAAAUAAACCCUUAUGAAAAGGGCUUUAAAUAAUAACAGAGAGGGAGCUGAAGCAGCAUUUUCCAAGCAUGCAAAAUGCACCAGAUAAUGUGAGACUUUGUCAAGUUUUCUAAACACCAAAAUAUAGAAUAUUUUUAAGAAUUUAAUCAAUUAAAUAAUUGUACACAAACAAUGACAAAUGUCAUUCCUAAUGUUCCUAGUUUCCACUAUAUUUAAAAAACAUAUAUUUAAAAAGAGGCACUUGGGCGACAUAUCAGUUUUUUACUUGAAUUUUUUUUUUCACAUGUAUUGCAUUAUGAUAUUCGAGCCUGUGAUAGAUUCUUCAAAGGGGGCGGUUAGGGUCAUUUUUUGUCACGAUGGUGCUCCUUUAAUGAGCAUCAGGAUAACCUUUAACAUAAAUUAAAAUAAUUAUUUAAAAAAUAUAUAUUUUUUAAAACAUUAAUACUCAUUGCAUAGGACGGACAAUAACCAAAUAGUUGGGAAAUCUCAUAAAACAAAGAAAUAUUUUCAUAGAGACAACAAGAAUAUUGAUCUUGCUGCUUUAAACAAGAGGAAAUAUGAAAAAGUAUUAGACAGAAAAAAAUGUAGAUAUAAUUUAUGGUGGUGAAGUGAAAAUUGAUCACACCACAAACAAAAAAAAAAGCUUUUUUUCUUUAUGAAACUGCUGUUAUGAUUAAAACAUGACAUUUUCUUUUGUUUCAAAUAAUCGUUUGUACAGUAAAAGCGUAUCUAUGUAAGACUAUGAUGAUGAAUAGCGAAGACCACACGUUACUAUGCACAUCCACGACCAGCCAACACAUUCACUUCAGUUUUCUAGCCACUUUCGACUUUAUCCAGACCCAGAUUCAGUCAAUCUACCGCCCACACCAUCAGCUGUCAAAAAAUACUACAGGUUAGCACGAGCAACUAGCUCAUGUACUAUUUAAAUUAGACUGAAUCUUGGCCUUAGUAUUCAGUUCAGGUCUUUAUUUUUAUAUCCAGCUCAAAUCAUUUUGCACAUUCUACAUGUGGAUCUGCACCUCAAAAUGAAUGUAUUCUCUGCAUCUACUGGGACGUUCUGUACAUUUCAAGAUGAAUAUGUGUGUAUGUGGUAUGUAUGUGAUGCUUUUUGAGUCCUUGUAUGUUUAUUCAGUGUUUGUCUAUGCAUACUGUAUGUUUCGGUGAGCAUGACUAUGGAGAGCAAAUUGGAGGGUAAAAUAUUAAAGUGUAAGAAUAUUUCUACACAACCUCAGGGUUAGAAGUGACUGCGUUUUAAAAUGCAAGGGACUGUGUAAACGGAUGGCAUGUGCUUUUUGUGUAUUGCAAAUGUAGAGUCUAAAUACACAAACGCUCGCUCACAUGCAAACCACAUCAUAUUUUAGGCCACAUGUAAGAUGGAGAGCCGUCAGAGACUCUGCGGUUUCAUUUGCUGUAAAGUCGAGGUUGUGUUGAUCAAACUUUCUUCAGCCACAUGCUGAUCUGGACAGCUCAUGAAGGAGCUUGAAUUCAAAACUGACCAUUUAUGUUUGUAGAUUCUCCUUCGUAAAAACAAAGCAUCUGGCAUUUAAUUUCUAAACCACACGAGACAGCAACAUGUGGUCAAGUGCCAAACACAGAUUAAUAUAUAUGGCAAAACAAACAGUGUUCUAUCAGUGUUUGCUGUACAACUGUUAUCUGUCAAACUAAAUGUUUGUCAUCAUCAUUUUGUAGAUUUUAUAUGGUAUCCUGUACAUUGUGUGAAUGUAGAUAUUAUGAACGCAGGCAUUUGUUUUGGUUAUAUCAUAAAUAAAA